CGCCGGGAGGAGGUGCCCGCACGCUCGCGGCGCGCGCCGGCCCCGGACUCGGCCUGUGGGCGAUUUCCUCCGGACCCAGGCUCCGCGCCCGAGGAGGAAGAUGCAGACCUUUCUCAAAGGGAAGAGAGUUGGCUACUGGCUGAGCGAGAAGAAAAUCAAGAAGCUCAAUUUCCAGGCCUUCGCCGAGCUGUGCAGGAAGCGGGGGAUAGAGGUGGUGCAGCUGAACCUCAGCCGGCCGAUCGAGGAGCAGGGCCCCCUGGACGUCAUCAUCCACAAACUGACUGAUGUCAUCCUUGAAGCCGACCAGAAUGACAGCCAGUCCCUGGAGCUGGUGCACAGGUUCCAGGAAUACAUUGAUGCCCACCCUGAGACCAUUGUCCUGGACCCCCUCCCUGCCAUCAGGACCCUGCUUGACCGCUCCAAGUCCUAUGAACUUAUCCGCAAGAUUGAGGCCUACAUGAAAGAUGACAGGAUCUGCUCGCCGCCCUUCAUGGAGCUCACCAGCCUGUGCGGGGACGACACCGUGAGGCUCCUGGAGAAGAACGGCCUGGCCUUCCCCUUCAUCUGCAAGACCAGAGUGGCUCACGGCACCAAUUCUCAUGAGAUGGCCAUCGUGUUCAACCAGGAGGGCCUGAGUGCCAUCCAGCCACCCUGUGUGGUCCAGAACUUCAUCAAUCACAACGCCGUGCUCUACAAGGUGUUCGUGGUGGGCGAGUCCUACACGGUGGUCCAGAGACCCUCGCUCAAGAACUUCUCUGCGGGCACAUCAGGCUCCUCCCCAGGACCGUCUCUCGUGCCCCCUGUCUGGACUGGCUCUGGUCGGAGCAGCGGGAGGACUGUCGGGCACACCAGGGUGGCCAGGGGCCUCUAUGCCCCGCUAGCGGGAAGGAUGCCAGACCGAGAGUCCAUCUUCUUCAACAGCCACAAUGUGUCGAAGCCGGAGUCCUCAUCCGUUCUCACGGAGCUGGACAAGAUCGAAGGUGUGUUCGAGCGGCCGAGCGACGAGGUCAUCCGGGAGCUGUCCCGGGCCCUGCGGCAGGCGCUGGGUGUGUCACUGUUUGGGAUUGACAUCAUCAUCAACAACCAGACGGGACAGCACGCGGUCAUCGACAUCAACGCUUUCCCAGGCUACGAGGGCGUGAGCGAGUUCUUCUCAGACCUCCUGAACCACAUCGCCACCGUCCUGCAGGGCCAGAGCAUGGGUGCAGCCGCCGCAGGGGACGCGGCCCCGCUGAGACACAGCAGGCUCCUGGCCGAGCAGGCAGGCAGCCUGGCAGGCGAGCGGACGUGCAGCGCCAGCCCGGGCUGCUGCGUGCUGGGCCAGGACGCGCCCUGGAAGACCGAGGCCGAGGCGGGCGCGGGCAGCGCUGCCAAGCUGCCACACCAGAGACUGGGCUGCACCGCGGGCGUGUCCCCCAGCUUCCAGCAGCACUGCGUGGCCUCCCUGACCACCAAGGCCUCCUCGCAGUAGCCACAGAGCCAGGACCUAGAGGGUGGCAGAGCACGCCACUGGGCAUCGGCCCCCAACGGACGCUACUCAGAAUUCCCGAUGAUCUGAUGCUUUUUUUCAAUUUUUAACCUGAUUUUCUGAUGUCAUGGUCUAAAUGAGGGGGGAGAUGGAAGGGAACAGCCUCGGGGACGGGGACCCCGCUUCCCGCCUGCGGAUCUCGUCAGAGUUGACACCGCUGAGUUUCAACACUAGGUCUGAAUGUGGGUGUGUGUGCGUGCGUGGGUGGUGCUAGGAGCGUGUGCACAUCCGUCUGUCUGUCCCCACGGCUGCUGUGGACCAGGCUCUGGGAUCCUGGAGGGAGGCCCGCUCCUGGUCUGUGGCCCAGCAGAGCGCCGAGAAUGGUUCCCCUUCUUCCAAGUCCACCCACGCCCCUGACCCGACCCUCCCUGUCCACCUUGGCCCUUCCAAGCCGACCCCCCGGGCUGCUGCUGGCCCCUCCCCAAAGCCAAAGGACGACAGGCCCUUGGGGGGAGCUGUGUGAGGCCCCGACCCCUGCCCACGGGAGAAGAGGAAGUUUCCAUGGGCUGAGGCCCGUGUCCUGGGUCGCUGCCACUCCUCACUGCUCCCUGGGGACCACCAGGUCCCUCCCAGGGUCCCACCUAGCACUGCUGUUCCCUGGACCCAGAGGGGCUGCUGGCUUGCCCAGGACCACUCCCCCAGUCUCCUCCUAGAUCCCCUCUCUCCAGAGGGCAGUCAGGUCCAGGGCAGGGCAGGGCAGGGCAGCUGGUGCUCGCUGUCCUGCCCCCUGGGCAGCCUGCUGCUCCCCCAGCACCCCAGAGGACAGGCAGGAGCCUUUGCUGGGAAUCCUGGCCGGCAGGGUCCCUCUUCCUGGGCAGGAGGAGGCUGCCCUGCGGUUCACUCCUGCACACAGUGGGCACUAAGCCAGCCUGCAAGACAGCCACACCACCCCAGACCCGCUCGCCACAGCAGCAGGCCACCACUGGCUGACCCAGUCCACAGGAGGGGCCACCGAGGGUGCAGCCCAGUGAGGGGCCUGGGCCCAGCAUGAUCUCGUGUCAUGAAGUGCAGUUCACUUGGGAAGAGAAGGGCCACUGAGCUGUCCCGCAUGGUCCAGUGGGACGGAGGACACUGGAGGGAGCGCCGAGGGCCCUGGAGAGCCGCUGAGCCCGGCACUCGGGGCAGGGACCCUCCUUUGGGCAGCUGCCAGGGCCGGAGCCACGGAGCUGCCUGGCCUCCUCAGAAUGGCCCAGGACUGGCCACGUUUACAGGACCUGAGCGUUGACCCUGGUGGAUGUCUGCUCGUCACCUGUCCUGGGCCAGACCCCGAGCCCGGGACAGGGGACGCGUGGCAGCCUCUUGCACUGCUUUGUCUUCAAAAUAAACUACUGAGAUCAACCUGCAUUUCCCACA